AUGGCGCCCGUCUCCCCGGCUUCCUCCUGCUCGGAGCAGGAACAGCCCACACUGGUGGAUAUCGGGGCAGAGAUCAGGAGACUAGCAGCCAACAUGGUCACAAAAUCUGACCUGCAGUCCCUGACCGCCACCCUUACGGCAUCCCUCAAAUCCACAGUCACCGCACUAAGCACGGACAUAGAGGCACAGUACGGACGCAUCCAGGCCUUAGAAACCCAGGCCCAAGCCACACAGCACCAGGCCUCAGCCGCAGAUACAGCCCUAACAAGGCAGGGCAACAUGCUACUGUCCCUGCGCAGACAGGUCGAGGACCUGGAUAACCGAAGUCGCCGCUCUAACAUCUGGGUAAGGGGGGUGCCGGAGCGGGAGGGGACGGAGAAUGUUGAGGAGAUGCUGACUGAGCUCUUCCACCAGAUUCUGGGAGCGACGCGCCACCAGACAUCCACUUUGAGCGGGCACACAGGGCCUUGCAACCCAGGAUUAGGGAUCGGGACCCCCAUGACAUUAUUUGCUGCUUACAUUCAUUUCCCCUUACAGAAUGCAUAA